CCUCCAGCCGCAGAGAAACCCGCCCACCAGGGCCCCUGACCCCACCCUCUGCCUUGAAAUGUAGGCAGCCCGGAGCUGCGCGGGGGCGCUGGAGCCGAGGCCUGCGGGAGCCGCGGAGGAGGCUGCCAGGGGCGAGGAAGGACGGCGAGGAAGGCGAGCGGCGGCGAAUUUAAGGGACACUCUAAAGGAAUGAUGAAUACAAUGAGGAGAGAGCUAGUGUGCAUGCUGCUGCUUUGUGGAGCAGCCCUCACCUUGCCCAGCCAGGAAAUCCACAUACGAUUCAGAAGAGGAGCCAGAUCUUACAGAGGGAGCUGCAGAGACGAGAAGACCCAGACGCAGUACGGGCCGAGCGAGUCGUGGCUGCGGCCGGGCCUGCGGGGCAACCGCGUGGAGUACUGCCGGUGCGCGGGCGGCCGCCCGCAGUGCCACUCGGUGCCCGUCAGAGGUUGCAGCGAGCCGAGGUGCUUUAACGGCGGGACGUGCCGGCAGGCCCUGUAUUUCGCGGAUUUCGUGUGCCAGUGUCCGGAGGGGUUCCUGGGGAAACGCUGUGAAAUAGAUGCCGGUGCCACCUGCUACAAGGACCAGGGCAUCACCUACAGGGGCACGUGGAGCACGGCAGAGAGCGGGGCCGAGUGUGCCAACUGGAACAGCAGCGCGCUGGCCCUGAAGCCCUACAGUGCGCGGAGGCCCCACGCCGUCCGGCUGGGCCUCGGGAGCCACAAUUACUGCAGAAACCCUGAUGGAGACUUACGGCCCUGGUGCUACGUGUUCAAGGCAGGGAAGUACAGCACUGAGUUCUGCAGCACGCCGGCCUGCCCCAAGGAAAAAAAUGAGGACUGCUACUUUGGAAAAGGGUUAGCAUACCGUGGCACCUACAGCUUCACUACAUCUGGUACCCCCUGCCUCCCGUGGAAUUCCAGGGUCCUCGCAGGCAAGUUCUACACAACAUGGAAGACCAAUGCCCAGGCACUGGGCCUGGGCAACCACAAUUACUGUCGGAACCCAGAUGGGGAUGCCAAGCCAUGGUGCCACGUGCUGAAGGACCGCAAGUUGACAUGGGAAUACUGUGACGUGCCCCAGUGCUCCACCUGUGGCCUGAGACACUACAAGCAGCCACAGUUUCGCAUUAAAGGAGGGCUCUACGCAGACAUCACCUCUCACCCAUGGCAGGCUGCCAUCUUUGUCAAGAACAGGAGGUCACCAGGAGAGAGGUUUUUUUGUGGGGGAAUACUGAUCAGUUCCUGCUGGGUCCUGUCUGCCGCGCACUGUUUCCAGGAGAGGUAUCCUCCCCACCAGCUGAAGGUGGUCUUGGGCAGAACAUACCGAGAGGUCCCUGGAGAGAAGGAGCAGAAAUUUGAAGUAGAAAAGUACAUCACCCAUAAGGAAUUUGAUGAUGACACUUACAACAAUGAUAUUGCACUGCUGAAAUUGCAGUCGGAUUCGCUACACUGUGCCCAGGAGAGCGACGCUGUCCGCACUGCCUGUCUCCCCGAAGCCGACCUGCAGCUGCCCGACUGGACAGAAUGUGAGCUGUCUGGCUACGGAAAACACGAGGCGUCUUCUCCUUUCUAUUCUGAGCGGCUGAAGGAGGCUCAUGUCAGGCUGUACCCAUCUAGCCGCUGCACAUCACGGCAUUUGUUUAACAAAACCAUUACGAACAAUAUGCUGUGUGCCGGAGACACACGGAGUGGUGGAAACCAAGCAAACCUGCACGACGCCUGCCAGGGUGACUCAGGUGGCCCCUUGGUGUGCAUGAAGGACAACCGCAUGACCUUGGUUGGCAUCAUCAGCUGGGGCAUUGGCUGUGGACAGAAAGAUGUUCCAGGUAUAUAUACCAAGGUUACUAAUUACCUAGACUGGAUUCAAGACAACAUGCAACUGUGACCAAGGACAUUGAAUUCCCUGAAAUCAUGGGAGACCCUGCUUCCUCCACUUCAGAAGACACAUCAAACCGGAGUGCUUCUUCACAGAGCUGAGCCAUCACACAGUGUAAGUGGGUGGCAGGGCAGGGAAAACCCAGAGGAGAGGGGAGAGGAUAGGUUUUCAUAGGUACUUCCCAUUUUUAGAAGUUUUCAGGGCUUAAGAUCUGAUUUCAGAAUGUCUGUCAGCCAAGACGACGGAUAAAUGCCAACCCCUCCUGGAAAACCACCCUGGAGGGCAGAAGAGAGGUAGAACAAAAGCCCCACCUCCUGAUCUGUCAACAUGAGAAGCUUUGGAAGUGGGAUCACAAAGAUAAAAGCAUGUCUCAGUAAAAAAAUAACUAGGUCCUUCAGGAAUGAAGGAUUGCUUUAGAAAUGGAAUGUCUAUUUAUAGGUCACAAGGAAGCCGACAGGGGCCUCCUAAUAAGGGAUGGGCUGGCUGGCCAGAUCAUGUUCCUCAACACCACCUUUUAAAUCAAGUAUUUGGCUUUUCCCUUUCUCCACUCUACAGCUCUUGGAAAGAAAUAUUUUUGUGUAUAGUGUAAAUCUUUUUCUAUUAAACUUUAUAAUAAAAUGGAAGACUUGUAUCAUUUUAAUAACUGAUAAACUAGGCUUUAGUAUAUUUAUAUCUGUUUUUACUUUGUUGCCACACCCAUGUAUCAUACUGUGCUGAAAUAAAUUGAUUAUUUUUCACACA